AUGAUAAAACCAUCUUCGAUCAUCUUCCGAUCUCCACUCGUCAUACCCGGUGACGAUACCUCCCCAUACAAGGCAGACGUGCUCGUAUCAGAAGGUGUAAUAAAGCGGAUCGUUCCUUCUAACACAUUAGUCGUUCCGACUGCUCGGGUUAUUCAAGCGGAAGGAUACGUAUUAUGUCCUGGAUUCAUCGACUUACAUGCUCAUAGCGAUCUUUACCUCCUCACUCAUCCUAAACACGAAGCAAAGCUCUCUCAGGGUUGUACGACCGAAGUUAUAGGUCAGGAUGGUAUAUCUUAUGCACCCGUACGAAACCCACAACAACUCAAUUCUAUACGUAAGCAGAUAGCAGGAUGGAACGGUUCACCUACGGAUGAAGAAUGCCAUACUAUUUAUCCCGGAAAAGGUCUUUUCGAAUGGCGGACUUUGGGGCAAUAUCUCGAUUGUUUGGAAAGGAAUGGAGUUGCUACUAAUGUUGCCGGGCUGGUUCCACAAGGAAAUCUUCGACUAUUGGCUUGUGGACCGUUUGACGAGCAAGCAUCUCCAGCAGAAAUACAAGAUCAAGUGAACCUUCUCAGACAGUGCAUGGAUGAAGGUGCAGUGGGAAUGUCUAGUGGCUUGACAUACACUCCAGGGAUGUAUGCUUCAACCUCUGAAUUGGCGGUGCUCUGUCGGACACUUGCGAUAGAGUAUCCAGGUGCUUAUUAUGCUCCUCAUCAUCGAAGUUAUGGUCAUCGAGCAUUAGAGAGUUAUGAUGAGAUGUUGAAGCUGGGUCUUCAAACUGGUUGUCCUAUUCACCUAACCCAUGCCACUCUCAACUUUUCCGAAAACAAGGGAAAGGCCCCACGGUUGAUCGGGAUGAUCGACCACGCCCGUGCAAAGGGUGCCGACAUCACAUUAGACACUUAUCCCUAUUUACCAGGAUGUACGACUCUUUCGGCUUUGUUACCCAGUUGGGCGAGUAGUGGAGGACCCGAUCAAGUGAUGUUUCGAUUACAAGAUGAAGUGACUCGGGAGAAAAUUCGUUUGGCUGUGGAGGUUAAAGGGUGUGAUGGAGGACAUGGUAUACCUACUAAUUGGGAUGAAAUUCAAAUAGGAACUACCACUCAUCCUGAUUUGAGAGGAUACGGAGGAAGACGAAUAGGAGACUUAGCCAGGAACCUAGGCGUACCACCAAUCCAAAUCUUCUUCGACGUUUUAUUCAAAGACCGUUUAGCUACCAGUUGUAUCAUGCACGUGGGAAAUGAAGAUAAUGUGAGGGCGAUGAUGUUACAUGAAACACAUUGUAGUGGUAGUGAUGCUAUACUUCAUGGAGAAACAUUACAUCCUAGAGCUUACGGUACAUUUCCCCGAUUCAUCGGACAUUACGCUCGUGAUUUAGGACUCAUGUCAAUCCCAGAGAUGAUCUCCCAUCUCACUUCCAGACCCGCCAAACGUCUUGGUAUAUACCCUCACAGAGGUUUGAUAGCAGAAGGUUCUGCCGCUGAUCUCGUUUUAUUCCAUCCGGAGUUAAUAAAGGAUACAGCGACAUUCCAUUCUUCAAAGCAGAAAGCAGAGGGGAUAAGAUUCGUUUUAGUCAAUGGAGUCGUAGUUGUGGAUGAAGGAAGAAUGAUGGAUGUUAGAGCUGGUAAAGUUUUGAGAAGGAGAAUGGAUGGGAAGGUUAAUUGA